AUGGGAAAUAUCGUCGAGAGAUGUUGCGAGAAAGAACCUGACUAGUCACCAAUGAAAUCUUCAAAGACUUACUCAAUCGCUUAAGUGUCCAAGCCAGAAAAAGACAAAUCUGCUCUUAACUUCAGUGACCAGGAUUUCUAGAAUAUAUUUGCUUAGACUGACGAUAAAUAAUUUAAGCAUUAAACCAGCCUUACAGCAGACAAGCAAACUAUUCCUGGUGCAGCACCUAGUGCUAUUCAAAGGAAAAAAUCAACUUUGCAUGGAGAAAUUGUAGGUGCGAGGCCUAAACUUAAUUCAAUUACCAUUGGAUUCUCAAUGCAUGCACAUAAUUUCCCUAUCACUGCUCUGAAUAAUACAACUGCACAGAAAAAAAAUAGCAUGAGAAAAAGAAGCAAACUCCAUUCGAUGAAGCCCCCUCACUUUGAGAUCCUCAGUGAGAAGCUAAAUGCUUCAGAGGAGGAAGCUGCUUAGUCACAUUUAGAAGGACUUGAGAUGAUUGUUGAGACAGAUAAAAAGGGAGAUGGUAAAACACCAAAGUAAGCUAAUCUUACAGAGGAAGACGAAGAUUAGGAAUAAGAGUAAGACUGCCAAAACAUUAAAUUUGUCAAGUAAGAAUCACAAGAUGUGAAUAGUAUCAAAUAAAGUCAAGUUAUGUCCCUAACGACCAAGUAGAGUACUGAGGUCUCAGAAUUAAAUAAAUUUUAAUCUUAAACCUAGCAGCAGACAGAAGACAAUAAAUAAUAAUGA